AUGACUGCUCAGGCAGACAGCUCAAGCGACAACAUGCCUUCUCCUAUCGACAAGGACCCUUCCUCCCAUGUCGAGCAAAUCCACACCAACGAGAGAGUACCAGGCCAUCCUGGCUACUAUGAGAAAGACGGUCUGCGGACCUAUGGUGACGAUGAAGACCAUGACCACGAACCACCGAUGACCAUUUCCAGGGGCCUCAGCUUGGUUGCCAUGGCUUUCUUGUGGACUGGCUCCCAAAUCCCAGUGUACAUCCUCGGUGGUGUGCCACCAUAUAUUUAUGCCGAUAUUGGUGGUGUCGACCGCUGGAUCUGGUUCGUCCUGGCUUACCUGCUGGCUUUGGCUGCUAUCUGCCCCUUUGUCGGGUCGAUUUCCGAUCUCAUUGGAAGACGGUGGGUGGCACUGGGAGGCUCCGGGUUGCUUGUCAUUGCCAUGAUUAUCUGCGGUACAGCGCACAGCAUGGCGGUGUUUAUCAUGGGCAUGACUUUCUCUGGGAUCGGAGCCGGCAUCUGUGAACUUACCUCCCUUGCUGUCACAUCCGAACUCGCCCCAACACGGAAGCGAGGGAAAUAUGUCUCCAUCCUCGUCUUCACUAUUAUCCCUUUCUGCCCAUCCGUCCUCUGGGGCCAGUUGAUUGCCGCAUACGCUGGCUGGAGAUACUGCACCCUUCUCUGCGGACUAUGGGCAUGUGUCGGCUUCGUAGGCACCUUGUUCUUUUAUUUUCCACCGCCGCGGCCCAACUCGCGGGGUCUUUCUAAGAAGGAGGUCAUUUCCGAGAUCGAUUUCAUCGGUGGUUUCCUCUCGAUCACGGGUAUGAUCUUGUUCCUGGCUGGUCUGCAAUGGGGCGGUUAUCAGUACCCAUGGCACUCCGCGCAUGUUCUGGCACCUCUGAUUAUUGGUGGCUUUUUCCUCCUCAUUGCAUUCCCCAUCUGGGAGAUCAAGUUUGCGAAAUUCCCAAUGUUCCCGUCACGGAUGAAACAGGAAGCCAGAAUCCUCACACUCACUCUGAUCAUCACCGCUAUCUCGGGAGCAAACUUCUUCUCCGUCAUCAUGUUCUGGCCUACCCAGGCCUUCAACGUCUAUGGCCAUGAUCCGAUCGGAGUUGGCGUUCGAGGUAUCCCCAUUGGCUUCAGCAUUCUCGCGGGCGCCUGCAUCGUGCUAUGGCUCCUUUCCGUCUUCCGGGGCCAUAAUCGCGAGUUGAUGAUCAUCUCCUCGGUGCUCAUGACUGCCGGUUGCGGCGCGCUUGCAGUCGCUACUCGAGAUAACCUGCACACUCUCUGGGGUCUUCUGGUUCUGGCCGGGCUCGGUAUCGGCGGUAUCGUCGUGCCUGCAUCAAUCAUGACCACGAUCAUCUGCCCGGACGACAUCAUCGCCACUGUUGCCGCGCUUACCUUGUCAAUCCGUGUGAUUGGCGGCUGUAUUGGGUACACCGUCUACUACAACGUCUUCCUCAACAAGUUCGUCCCUAACGCCACAAAAUAUAUUGGUGGCACCAUGGCACUUGAGCUCGGCAUAACGAACGUUACAUAUAUUGGCGAAGCCAUCGAAUAUACUGCAGCGAGUCUCCUGCCUCUGCUCAAGACAAUUCCUGGAAUCGCCGGUAACGACACCGCUUACGAAAUGGUCGUCGUGGCUGGCCAGGUUGCCUAUGCCGAGUCAUACAAGUACGUGUACUUGACGAGUAUCGCAUUUGGCUCGAUUGCCAUCUUGGCCAGCGUCUUUUUGGGGAAUAUCGACAAGUAUAUGGACGAUCACGUCGCUGUCGUGAUGCACUGA